AUGGAGGAGGGCAGAGAAACCAGUGUAGUGCAGAGUUAUAGCUUCGACUCGUACCAGCUGGAGGAAGAGGAGGGACCAAGGAACGCCAAGAGAGGGUGCUGGCCCUGGUCAGAGCCGAGUUACCUGUUCGCUCUGAGUCCUCUGGUGUUCGUCAGCGUGUUUGAUGUGUGGUUGGAAUCCUUCACCACCAGACAGGCUUACAUCGUCAACCUCUUCUCUGUUGGGGUGGUCGCCUUCAGAUGUACAGUGCAGCAGUCCAGUUUCUAUGGUUACAUGGGGAUGCUGCCCAAGAGAUACACACAGGGGGUGAUGACUGGAGAAAGUACAGCAGGUGUAAUCAUCUCUCUGAGUCGUAUCUUCACUAAACUCCUGAUCAGUAACGAGAGGAUAAACACACUCAUCUUCUUCCUGGUGUCCAUCACCAUGGAGAUGAUCUGCUUCCUUCUCCACCUCAUUGUCCGUCGCUCACGAUUCGUCCUUUACUACACAGGCCCCACCCACCGGGGUCACAGCCUGGGGAAAGGUCAUGACAUUGGGUCGGAGGUCAGCGGGACAGGAUACAGGGUUCACCACGACGUCACUACAGAGGAAGGUAACGGAGUGGUGGCGACGAAGUCGCCAUCUGAUGAUGUCACAGAUGAGUUCACAGGAGGGACGUACGUUCGGUUUGGAGUUCCUAAAGACAAGAUCCGGAGAAGCUGGCCUGGACUACGAGAUAUGUUUCUUCACAGGUACAUCGUUGCCAGAGUGAUCUGGGCCCACAUGUUGUCUAUAGCAGUGACCUAUAGCAUCACUCUGUGUCUGUUUCCUGGUCUGGAAUCAGAGAUACGCAACCCAACCCUGGGGGAGUGGCUACCUAUACUCAUCAUGGCCACAUUCAACAUGGCCGACUUCGUAGGCAAGAUCCUGGCUGCAUUGCCCUAUGAGUGGACGGGGGGUCACCUGCUCCUCUUCUCCUGCCUGCGGGUGGUCUUCAUCCCUCUGUUGGUGAUGUGUGUGUACCCCUCCUCCACCCCAACCCUGUCCCACCCCGCAUGGCCCUGUCUCUUUUCUCUCCUCAUGGGCGUAACCAACGGUUACUUUGGAUCGGUCCCCAUGAUACAGGCUGCUGGGAAGGUCCCGCCGGAACAGAGAGAACUAGCAGGUAACACUAUGACUGUAUCGUACAUGACAGGGUUGAUGUUGGGAUCAGCUGUGGCCUACGCUGCCUAUAGCUUCACUGCACCGGGCUCAAACACACACACACUCACCAACAUCACCACAGGGUAUUGAACACACACACACACACACACACACACACACACACACACACACACACACACACAC